AGCAUCGACGACAUACACUUCCGCAGACGCCGUGAGGGUCAGCCGCUCGCCGUUUAUUUCACUUCCCUCACACCGAAACGCCUCUUCGUACGUCUUUGAAGCACCGCAUUUUCUUUUCUUCUGUCGGGGGACUGGAGGAAACGCAUCGAGCAUCGACUAAAUCCCAUAAGACACUCGACAAGAUGGAUUACAAUCUCCAACUUGCCUCCAGCUGCGUCUGCGCUGUUCGCCUGUAAUGCUACGCGAACGAAGAGAGACCAAGCAACUUCCAACGUCUUUCUCGCUGGCCUCCUGCUGGAUCCAUUCAGCACAUCGAUUAUUCCUCCUACGAACGUACAUCGUCCUCACACGACCACUUGCCUCAUUUAACUUGUUGCACCCGGCAUCGUGUCACGCCACCACGCCAUUUUCUGACCAUCAGGCUCCUCAUCUCACCACUUACUCGAUCACAGCAACCUACCAACACGAUAUUCCUCAACCAUUGUCCAGGAUCAAGAAUGGCUUCGAAACGCAGUGCGAGAACGUUUGAGGGAGACGGUCACCACGUCACCGAGAACGAGACUCGUCGGGCACACACAAGGACGAAGGAGGAAGACGCAGCGGCCAAGGACACCCUCGAGAAGCGAUCCAACUACAAGACCCUAUCUCGGCGUGGGUCUGACGAAUCUUCUCACCCCCUUGAUACUGCUGUUGAGACGUCCAAGAACAUGACUGGGGUGACAUGCGAGAGCGCGGUGCAGGAUCUCGAGGCCCAAUGCGAACUAUCUCGCUGUGUCCGCCACUCUGCACAUGCCGAUCUUCGCCCAGCCCAGCCCCUUGUACCUACGGACCUGACUUUCAAGCGGCAUGUACCUGAAAAGGGUCGUCCAGUGAACUUCGGUAUUGUGGUGCCUGGUGUGUACCGCAGCAGCUACCCGAAGCCCGAAGACUUCGGCUUUGUCAAGAACCUCGGUCUUCGCACCAUUGUAACGCUGGGACGAAGGGAUGAACCUGACGAGUUCUAUGCCAACUUUUUGGCUUCAAACUCUAUCCGACAUCACAUCAUUGAAAUGAAGGGGACCAAAAAGCAGAGCAUUCCUCUUAUGACGAUGAGAGACAUCCUGCGAAUCGUUCUAGACAAGCAACAGUAUCCAUUGAUGAUUCACUGCAAUCAUGGAAAGCAUCGCACUGGAUGCGUAGUCGCUGUGGUACGGAAGCUCUCAGGCUGGGACGUGAGCAACGUUUUGGAUGAGUACAGGUCCUUUGCGGAGCCAAAGGUACGCGAUUGUGACAUUGCUUACAUCACCAACUUUGCCGUCGACGAUCUUUCAAAUCUCCACGUACACGCCGUCAGUAUGCGAUACAGGGUGCGGAAUUUCUUUCGCGCACGUUUUCGCGUUUUGCGUGUUGGUGCUCUGGACGGUCUCGGGCAGCAGAAUUUCAACAUCGGCAAGGAACGUCACACCGCUCAAGUGAUGAGUAUGCUGCCUUUCGGCCAGUGCCAAGCUACACCACCUCGGGCGAGUCCGCCGGUUGCUUUCUGGAAGGUUUUAUGGAGGCACGAACGAUUCGUUCAAUGUGCGACGAUAGAGAGACCAGGCGACUGAUCAAGAGCUGAGAUGUCUCCGAACGGCGUUUGUAGGGUUGGAGAGGAUGCUCGCCCAUUUUGC